GCUUCUAUUUCCGGUUCCGGGUCUUGAAUCCGUAACGUUGUGUGAACGGCGCGACUGAACAUAAAGUUUCACGCAAAACUUAGCAGUUUGAGUGACUUACGCGUCUUAGACUUGAUGAUUCAUAUUUGACUUUCGCAGUGUUAGCGAUCUGACAGCGGAUAAAAGCACAUUAGAGAGGAUCAGAGGAUGUCUCUUCCUAAGCGGGAGGUGGAGGAGCUGAGGCCAUGGGUGGAGCGUACGGUGAAGAAAGUGCUUGGUUUCUCAGAGCCCACUGUGGUCACUGCAGCUUUGCACUGCGUGGGAAAAGGGCUGGACAAAAGGAAGACUAUAGACCAGCUGCGUCCCUUCCUUGAUGACUCUGCUGGAGGUUUUGUGGAGCGUCUUUUUGAGGCGCUGGAGGAGAGCCGUAGCUCCCGUGGCAACAAAGGAGCAGGAGAAAAGAACCGCAAGAGAGACCUGAAGGAUGUGUUUGGUGAUGAAGCUGAAACAGGUGUAGUGCGAGAAAAUCCGGUGGCAGGAGAUGGGACGGCAGCAAAGCGGAAACGGGUCCCUCGCUUCGAGGAGGUGGAGGAGCCAGAGGUCAUACCCGGACCUCCAACUGAGAGUCCUGGCAUGCUUACCAAAAUGCAGAUCAAACAGAUGAUGGAGGCAGCCACAAAACAGAUCGAAGAGAGGAAGAAACAACUAAGUUUUGCCUCUUCAGUCCCUGCUUCACCACGGUUGCCACUUUCUACACCACAGUCACAAAUGGAAGCCUCUCCAGUGUCACGGCUUCUUGGCAAUUCUGCUGCUGCUGCAGCUGCUGGUGGUGCCUCAUCCAUCGCCCCCUCCCAGGCUGCCAGCUUCAUGAAUGAUGCUAUCGAGAAGGCCCGCAAGGCUGCUGAGCUGCAAGCACGCAUCCAGUCUCAGUUAGCCAUGAAACCUGGGAUCCUUGGAGCCUUGGGGAACACUGCGCCUCACAACCUAGUUGCGCUGGCUAAUCUACAUGCCAUGGGAAUUGCUCCACCGAAAGUAGAGGUCAAGGAGGUUAACAAGCCAACACCUCUUAUUCUGGAUGAGAAGGGAAGAACUGUGGAUGCCAGUGGCAAAGAGGUUGAACUCACUCACCGCAUGCCCACUCUGAAAGCUAACAUCCGAGCGGUAAAGAGGGAGCAGUUCCGUCAGCAGCUAAAGGAGAAGCCCGGGGAGGACUUGGAGUCCACAUCCUACUUCGACCAGCGUGUGUUUAUUACACCAGCUCAGCGCCCUCGCAGGAGCUUCAGAUUCCACGAACAAGGGCGCUUUGAGAAGAUUGCUCAGAGAAUUAGAACUAAGGCCCAGUUGGAAAGGUUGCAGUGUGAGAUCGCCCAGGCAGCAAAGAAGACAGGAAUCCAGGCAUCCACCAAGCUGGCCCUGAUUGCCCCUAAGAAGGAGAUUGGAGAAGGGGAGGUGCCCACCAUUGAGUGGUGGGACUCUUACAUCCUGCCCUACAACAUAGACAUAAAACCAGACACUUACUUUGACCAGCUGGAGCUCUUUGGUGUGACCAACCUGGUAGAACAUCCUGCCCAAAUUAGCCCUCCAGUUGACACAGAUAAGCCAGUCACACUGGGUGUAUACCUAACAAAGAAAGAACAGAAGAAACUGAGAAGACAGACUCGAAGGGAGGCCCAAAAAGAAGUGCAAGAGAAGGUUCGUCUGGGACUGAUGCCUCCACCAGAACCCAAAGUGCGUAUCUCCAACCUGAUGAGAGUGCUGGGGACGGAGGCAGUUCAGGACCCGACAAAAGUGGAGGCCCAUGUCAGAGCACAGAUGGCCAAGAGACAGAAGGCUCAUGAAGAGGCCAAUGCCGCUCGCAAACUCACAGCAGAGCAGAGGAAAGAGAAGAAGGUCAAGAAGUUAAAAGAAGACAUCACUGAUGGUGUUCACAUCGCAGUGUAUAGGAUCCGUAACCUGCAAAAUCCUGCUAAGAAGUUUAAAGUGGAGGCCAAUGCCAACCAGCUGUAUUUGACGGGCACAGUAGUUCUACACAAAGAUGUCAACCUUGUUGUGGUUGAGGGAGGCCCCAAAUCCCAGAAAAAGUUCAAGAGGCUGAUGAUGCACAGAAUCAAAUGGGAGGAACACAACAGUAAAAGAGAUGAUCCAGAUGGUGACGACGAUACAAAGAGAAACAACAAGUGUUGGUUGAUUUGGGAGGGGACAGCUAAAGAGCGUAGUUUUGGGGACAUGAAGUUCAAGCAGUGCCCCACAGAGAGCAUGGCCAGAGAACACUUCAAGAAGCACGGCACAGAACACUACUGGGACCUAGCUCUCAGUCAGAGUGUGUUGGACACCACAGAUGACUGAAACCUGCAGGGAGAGCAAGUAGUUUCAGUCGGCAAGCCCCCAGACCAACAGCCCCGCAGCCAGCCGACCUCCUCACUGCUAGCUGGCUGCCUUCACCUGGGGAGAUAAUCAAGAGACUUGAACAUAGAAAAGGAGGAACAAUAAACCUGUGUGGAUGCUUUAGUGAGAAUGUGAGACAGAUCAGGGUGUGUGUAGGGCAGUAUGUGUGUGUAUGCCUGCAUCAGUGUUCAUUUCUUUGGUGGUAGGCUCCUGUGUCAGAUAUUGUUGUCUAUUAUUACUGGAUAGAUAACAGUGUGUAAAUCGCUUACCCAAGGCUUUAUGUGAUGACAAGAAACGGUGUCCAAUUAUGUUGUGACUGAAGUGUUGUGAUGAAAUCCCCAUGUACACUGAUAAUAAUCCCUGUGUGAGUCAAGCAGUUAAUAAAAACCAACCCAUCAGUGAAUGGCUGCACUGCUAUUGAGCUAAUACAUUAAGAGUAAACCUGGGAGGAUAUGUGGGUAAUGUUACAGCAUUGUUAUAAGACUUACUGUAGUUCUUACAGGAACACACACAAGUUUCCAACUGCAUUUUUUUUCUUUUGGACAAAAGAGCAAAUCUUUGACUUGCCUGUAGCUGUAUUUCUCUGUAAUAUUACAGUCACAGCCUUAAAUAAACAACAUUAAAUCAA